UAAAGCGUUAUAAAAGGUCGACUAGAGUACAGCACGUGAAAGUGGGUCCUGUGUUGCUGGAAUAGCAGAGGUGUACGGAUACAUAUAUAGCACGAGGAUCUUGGAGUCUUCUGACAUCUUUGGAACGCGAGUUGUUCUGCAAAACGGCGGUUGAUAGAUGACAACAUGAAGGUCGCUGCACUCUUUAUCCUCGGUUGCCUGGUUUGGGGAGGAAUGGCAAAGCCUGAAUUUCCAGAACCAGAGAAGGAUCCUGAUUUCUGGAAGGAAUGGGCUCAGCGCACACUAAAAAAUGCUUUGACCCUCCAAGACCUCAACAAGAAUGUUGCCAAGAACAUCAUCCUUUUUCUUGGUGAUGGCAUGGGUGUACCCACGGUCACAGCAGCACGGAUUCUAAAGGGUCAAAUGAGUGGACAGAGCGGUGAGGAAACACAACUAGAGAUGGACAAAUUUCCCUACGUUGCCCUCUCUAAGACAUAUAACACCAAUGCUCAGGUACCAGACAGUGCGGGCACUGCCACGGCAUAUCUGUGCGGUGUCAAAGCCAACGAGGGUACAGUUGGAGUGAGCGCAGCAGCUGUAAGAUCCCAGUGCAACACCACUCAGGGGAACGAGGUCACCUCCAUUCUAAAAUGGGCCAAAGACGCAGGCAAAUCAGUGGGAAUCGUCACAACAACACGAGUGAACCAUGCCACUCCGAGUGCAGCAUAUGCCCACUGUGUAGACCGGGACUGGUAUUCAGACGGGGACAUGCCCACUGAAGCACUGCAGAGCGGAUGCAAAGACAUUGCCAGACAACUCUUUGAAAAUAUCCCUGACAUUGAUGUGAUAAUGGGGGGUGGGCGGAGAAAUAUGUACCCCAGAAACACACCAGAUGUGGAAUACCCAGGAGACAAGAAACACAACGGUACACGCAAAGAUGGCAGGAACCUUGUGGGGGAGUGGAUUGACAGAGUGAAGGAUAAGAAAAGUUACUAUGCUUGGAACAGGAAGGAUCUCCUUUCCCUGAAUCCAAAUAAUGUGGAUUAUCUUUUGGGUCUGUUUGAGCCGGCAGACCUGCCCUAUGAGCUUGAGAGAAACAAAGAAACUGACCCUUCCCUCACUGAAAUGGUAGAUGUGGCCAUUAAGAUCCUCAGAAAAAAUGAACGUGGGUUCUACUUGCUGGUGGAAGAUCUGAUGGCAGCGUUUGACACAAUUGACCAUCAUAUUCUUAUAUCCCGUCUUGAAACGUGUGGGUAUUUGUGGAAAUGCCCUAAGAUGGAUAAAGUCAUACUUCCAAAAUAGGAGUGUCUUGGUCCGCAUGGGAGAGUAUGCAUCGGCCUCGGCACCCCUAUCACGUGGUAUCCCCCAAGGUCCAAUCUUAGCAUCCUUUUUCUUUUCUCUUAAUAUACUACCGUUAGGAUUUAUUUUGGGUAAAUUUGGUGUGUCAUUUCAUUUUUACACCGAUGAUACUCAAUUAUAUUUGUCUUUUAACCCAAACUCUUCCAGUGCCUUGGGGCAGGUAAAGUAAUGGAUGGCUGAAAACUUUUUGAGUCUUAAUGAAUCGAAAACAGAGGUGACUAUAUUUGGUCACUGAAAUGAGUGAUACGGCUAGAUUAAACCUGGGUACAUUGAACCUUUUUAGGAAACAUCAAGUAAAAAAUUGGGGGAGAGGGGGAUCUGUGACAGUGCUUUAAAAGUUAACUAAAGUUUUUAUCAACUAAGAAUGAUUGCUAAGAUUAAGGCUUUAUUUUCUCUCAAUUAGAUUAUUGUAAUUUUGGACAGAUUACAGAUGGUUCAGAAUGCAGCAGCAAGAUUACUGACAGGUACUCGGAAAUAUGACCAUAUUACCUGUCUUGAGAACAUUGCAUUGGUUACCAGUGCCUUAUAGAAUUAAUUUUAAGAUUUUAAUCUUUGUUUUUAAAUCUUUGCAUGGUACAGCCCCUCCUUACAUUACUGAUCUUAUUCAUGUUCAUGAGUCAAAGAGAUCAUUAUGACCUAAGGCAAGACUAAUCCGUCUGGGUUAGUCUUGAACGGUGUGUAUUAUUGUUCUUUAAUGAUUAUUAAUUAUUAUUAUUUUUAUUAGAUUUCUUUAUACAUUACUGUGGUCAACUUUGUUGUUUUAUUAUGUGCUUUAUAAAUAAAGUUGGAUUGGAUUGGAUUAGAGCUGUUGAUUCUCUGACUCUGACUCUCAUGCAGCCUGUUCAAAUAGCAACCUGGCCUGCAGAGUGCAUACUAGUGACAACGACUCACUAAAAUCAGAGCCGAUCCUCCCUAUACACAAAAUACGCAAGCUGCGUAGGGCCCCCGAAACACCAGGGGGAUGGUGCAAGGGACCCCUUUGGAUUUGGACAGCGGUUAUGAAAACAUGAAUGAUAAUUUAUUUUAAUACGGUGUGCUGUCGCCCUUUCUAUGUAAAAAUCAGUCAAAUUAUGUAAUGUGAAUGUCGUACAGCCUUGUUCGAGACUAAAAACUAAGUUGAAAGCGUACCGAGCCGCGGAAGAGACACUGUUUCUCAAGCGCU